AAUCUCUCCAUCUGCGAUACAUUCCAUUUAUCCUUUCUGUUGAUCAUUCAUUCUCAAUGGCCAUGAAUGGAAUUUCUUGUCAUUUAGAUAAAGUAUCUUCGAGGAUUGAAGAUAAUCCCUCAUCAUUUCCUGCAACUAUAUCAUCUAGUGUUAAAAAGCCUAACAAGUAUUUUUCACUGGAAUAG